UCCGUUCUGCUGACUGAGGAUUGAGAGAGGCGUGCUCAGGAGGACACUGUUUGGAAAACCAGCGACAUGUCGCUGCAGUUUUCUCCAAAAGAAAAAAAAAAAGGUGGACAGAAGUGUCAGGAGCUGCGUUUCCUUUGGCCAACACUCCUCCUCCCUCCCCUGUACUUCCCUCUCGCUCUGUCUGUCUGCUGACUUCUCUCAUUGACUCUCUCCUGCGUGCUUCAGUUGGCUGACUGAGUGCACUGACACCGGGACCACUACCUGCUGCCUGGGGAUUAAGCACGCUAUGAAUACCCGGAGCCUAAUUUGUUGUUUUGGCUGCCAGUGAAUGUUGGAUACGCACACAGGAGAAGCUGGAGCAUAAAUCCUUCUGGCCAGGACUCUCGGAGCGCCUCUGGACUGAGAUAUCCCAGUGAAAAAGGGACUGGAUGCUUGGGGGAGCGUAUAAAAGAGAGACAGCAGACAUGAGAAUGAGAGACAAUACUGGACAAGUUAUUUUCCUGAAAGGCAAAAACAGCAGAAGCUAAAUCAGCCUAAUUCUUACAAGGGUCAGCGAGAGCCUUAUCCUCUCAUUAUUUGGCUGGAAUUUUCUUCACGGGCUUCUGACACAAGGAAAUAAUGCCCAACAAAUCCUCGCCUUGAGCACCUCGAUUUCUAACAGCACAGAGCUUUUUCUCUUUUUCUCUCUAUGAGGUUAUUCAUCCAUAGUGUCGCUGGAUUUUGCUGCUCAUCUGUAGCUGCUUAGGAAGAAAACAGCUGUGGACCGACAGGUUGAGUGGGGAUCGCGCUCGUUCGCCACUCUAACUUUUUCCCUCCUCUCAGCCACUUCUUUUGACCUGCUUUUGGCCCCAGUGCUCCAGAGGGUUUAAAGGUGUGGGGGGGGGUUGGGGGCAGCUGCUUACCCUCCUCCAUGAGACUCGAUAGGAAUAAUAGGGCACCGAAGCAGCGAGGAGUGGCAGGCACGCAGGACAAGCGGAGAGAAAACACAAACCAUCUCCAUAUGGUUGAGCGAGAGGCAGCCAGCUGCCUUCCAGCCAUCCUCCUAAUCACGCGACGGAAGAUACAAGGUGCUCCGGUGACGAUGUCAGCUUUGGAUGGAUUUUGCGUGCAGUGGACCACGCCAUAAGCCCAACAAGCUGGAUACAAAAAAAGUUGUGUUAAGUUUGAAGAGCGGUGGUGAAAGCGCCUAUACUCUGAUAGUCCAGCAGGCAACAGCCACAUGGAAACUAAAUAAGAUACGUAGCCAUCACCUCUUAGGGAAAUACUUGUGACGUGUUUUCGGUGAGCGCCGGACGUCGGCAUUCUUUGUACAGGCUUUUGACAAGAGAGGAAGGAGGAGUGCUCGUCCCCAGACCUGUGUCACUAAUUAUCAGUCAGGGUCACAGCAAAGAAAAGAACGGAUUCCUUCCGUGGAUUUACCGUCGGUCUGCUCUGGAAGUUUCCCCCACGCUGGAUAUCUGACAAUCCAAAACACCCACAUCCCAACCUACAAAUUUCUGGAUUAGGUGCAUCACACACAUACAUGCCACAAUUGCACUAAACCACAUUUUCAGGCACAUUAUCACUACCCACUUAAAUCCACGCACGUGUUUGCUCUGUAAGUAUAAACCACUUAAGAACACACACACAAACAUACUUUCACAUUAAAAUCCCAUUAGUUUGGCUUUUCUCCAGUGGGCACAGGAGAAUGGAGGUUGUGUGGACAGGUGGGGGGCUGUAGCAGUCCAACAUCCCUGUCUCGCAGUCUGUCCUUUCCCCCAAAUGGAUGUUAUUACCUCUAAAAAUGUGCUGCUUGGAAACCGCUGAAAGCUUCCUGCUGCAAUUCUGUGAGAGAAACAGUCACCGGGUCCCUGCCACGGUGCACAGCUGGAACCACAGCUGAAACAGCGACCAUCUAUUUUUUGCAUUUUAUUUCACUUUACCUUCAUCGCCUCCACCCCCACAACCCACCGCCAUCAUUUUUUCCAACGGGUCCUUGGGCACCCCUCGCCGCUCUCCUCGCCCCGUCAUCUCCUCUACGCUGGAGGGGCGGGGGUCACUGGAGUGGAGCAUGAGCGGGUGCCACUAUCCCUCACCGCCGCCGCCAGAGCGGGACCGCAGGUACCAGCACAAAGUGUCGCUGGUGGUGCGCUACUUCAUGAUCCCCUGCAACAUCUGCCUGAUCCUGCUGGCCACAUCGACGCUGGGCUUUGCCGUGCUCCUGUUCCUCAACAAUUACAAACCACCUCACUUCACACCGGCCCAGCCUCCUGAUGGCUGCAGAGGGAUGCUGUGUGGCUUUGGUGCCAUGUGUGAGCGCGACCCAAACGACCCGGCUAAGGCUGAGUGUGUUUGCAAGAAAAUGGACUGUCCGUCCUUGGUGGCGCCUGUGUGCGGCUCUGAUUCGUCCACCUAUUCCAACGAAUGCGAGCUGGAGAAAGCCCAGUGCAACACACAGCGACGCAUCAAGGUGCUGCGCAAGGGACCCUGCUCUCUGAAGGAUCCCUGCACAGAGGUGGCCUGUAGUUACGGCAGCACCUGCAUCCAGUCGUCAGAUGGCUUGUCGGCUAAGUGCAUGUGCCCCCUUGGCUGCGAGGGCAAGCCCAAGCAAAUAGUGUGUGGUAGCGAUGGAAAGGACUACCCGAAUGAGUGUGAGCUCCAUCAGUAUGCCUGCAAGAACAAGAAGAACAUACGUGUGCAAUACCAAGGACAGUGCGAUUCAUGUAAAAACAGUGAGAACAGUCAGAACUGCCGUGUGGAGGCUCUCACCCGCCAGCCGCAGUUCUUUGGGCCGCCCAACUUGUGCCCCCCGGGUGAUGAGCCUCUGUGUGCGAGCGACGGCCGGACGUACCCCAGUGAGUGUGCCAUGAAGGCGACGGGCUUGCAGAAAGGCAUCAAGCUCAGGAAGAUCCAUGCAGGACAGUGCAGAAGGCUGGAGGAGUGCCAGGUGGAGUGUCUCUUCAAUGCCGUGUGUCUAGUGGAACAGCUGAACGCCCGCUGCUCUUGUGAUCCCAUCGAGUGCGACGGCGCCUACAAGCCUGUGUGUGGCAGGGAUGGUCACACAUACACCAAUGACUGCAUGCGACGCAAGGCAGAGUGUCUGAGCAAAACCCUCAUCUCCAUCAAGCAUCCAGGGCCCUGUGAUCUCAACAUACCAAGCCCCUGCAUGAAUAAAGUGUGCGAUCACGGGGCAGAGUGUGUGGUCAAGAACAACGAACCGGUGUGCGAGUGCCCCGAGGCCUGCCCGCAAACGUCCGACCCCGUGUGCGGAUCCGAUGGCCAGAGCUACGGCAGCCCCUGCGAGAUGCGAUCCAUGGGUUGCGCCCUGCAGAAGGACAUCAGCAUCCAACACAAAGGACCUUGCAAUGAGGCGUGUGCCAACUGUUCUUUUGGGGCAAUCUGCGAUGCCCAGACCAAGCAGUGUGUGUGUCCAUCGGAGUGUGUCAAGUCCAACCAGCCUGUGUGUGGCAGUGACGGUACCACCUACAGCAGUGAGUGUGAGCUGCAUGUGCGGGCCUGCAAACAACAGAUGGACCUCCGAGUGGUUAGCCAGGGAGAAUGCAAAACAUGUGGCAGCACUGUUUGUGCCAUGGGUGCCCGGUGUGUCCAGAAUAGGUGUGAGUGCCCGCAGUGCUCAGGCGAGGCCUUCUCCCCAGUGUGCGGAAGCGAUGGCGUCACCUACGACAAUGAGUGUGAACUUCGCCGAGAUUCCUGCACGCACAAGAAGAGGAUUGAUGUGGUGAAGCCCGGCAACUGUGACGACGACUGUGGCUCAGGCGGGUCGGGAUCAGGCCAGGAGAGCUGUGAACAGGACCGCUGUCGCACGUUUGGAGGCGUGUGGGAUGAGGAUGCAGAAGACGAAGGCGACCGUUGCAAUUGUGAAUUCAGCUGCGCGAGCGUGCCUCACAGCCUGAUUUGUGGCUCAGACGGGAAAAACUACAGCAACGAGUGUGAGCUGAGGAAGGCCAGAUGUGAGAAACAAGAGCACUUGUUGAUUCAAAAUCAGGGACCCUGUGCAGCAAUUUCAGCCAUAUCUCUGCCGGAGCUGACGGUUUCCAAACAUUGCAGCCUGUCUGUGUACGGCUGCUGCUCAGACAAUGUGACGGCCGCCUUAGGAGUCGGACAGGCUGGAUGUCCCAGUACCUGUCAGUGUAAUGUCUAUGGUUCCUACAAGAGGACAUGUGACCCAACCACUGGGCAGUGCUCCUGUAAGCCGGGUGUUGGGGGGCAGAAGUGUGACCGCUGUGAGCCGGGAUUCUGGAAUUUCCGCGGCAUCGUGACAGAGAACAUGAGUGGCUGCACGCCAUGCAACUGCGACGCUACGGGCUCAGUCCGGGAUGAUUGCGAGCAGAUGUCGGGUCUGUGUUCUUGCAAGACGGGAGUGAAGGGCAUGAAGUGCAACGUGUGUCCAGAUGGCAGUAAAAUGGGCAUGAAUGGCUGCGACAAAGGUCCUGAAGCCCCGACUUCAUGUAAAGAGUUGGUGUGUAACUUCGGAGCUACUUGCAUUGAGGUGAAUGGCCAGGCCCACUGUGAGUGUCCCUCACCUGACUGCGAUCUGAAAAACAAAACCAAGGUGUGCGGCUCAGAUGGGGUGACCUAUGCCGACCAGUGCCAGCUGAGGACCAUAGCCUGUAGGCAGGACAAGGACAUCACAGUGCAAUACUUUAGACAGUGCACAGAAACCAUCUCUGAGCCAGCAGAUCGGCCCACCCCCAACCCCCCCGCCACCACCCCAAGCUCAGCCUUUGCCGCCACCAUCACCACUGCCGCCCCCUUCCAUCCUAACAUGGUGCACGGCGUCCCGCCUCCAAUGAUCGAGACCUUCGAGCAACCUGCGGCCACCACCCCCUUUUCAUCCCCUUCCCACAACAGCGCGCAAGCGAACAAGUACAGCUCCAUCCACACCCAACCUCAAACGCUGCAGCCCACCCCAACCGCUGGCGCCGCCACCUCCUCAUCCUCUCGCAGCAGUCCUACCCCAACUGCUGCCGCAUCCUCCUUCGAGGGCUCAGGUAGCGGGGAUCCGAGUGGGGACGACCAGAACGAAGAAGAGGGCAGUGGCAUCCCGGCAGAGGCCAGUGGGGCAGACGAGCCUGUCGGUCCCACAGUAGCAAGUACCACUGUACCCACGAUUGAGGACAGGUCGUCCUGCGACAACACAGAGUUCGGCUGCUGCCCUGACGGCAAGACACCAUCCAGUACUCCAGAGGGCGCCAACUGUCCCUCCACCAUGAAGUUCAGUGGUUUCCUGCACCUGGACCAGGUGGAGGGCCAGGAGAUUUUCUACACACCUGAGAUGGAGGACCCCAAGUCGGAGCUGUUUGGAGAGACUGCACGCAGCAUAGAGGGUGCUCUCAAUGAGCUGUUCAGGAAGUCGGAGGUGCACAAAGAUUUUAUGAGCGUUCGUGUACAUGACCUGAGACCCAGCAACUCCAUCCUGGCAUUUUUCGACGCUCACUUCAAACCAGAUACGAGAUACGCCGUGGAUGACAUUGUAGGAGCGCUGGUGAAACAGUUAAAGGCCUCCAAAGACACCGGCAUCUCUGUGAAGAAGCCAGAGGAUGAGAAUAUUCACUUCGACAAUAAUGGCCUGCCCUUCGGCCCCAUCUUCACCACCCCAGCAUCGGUCACCACAGCUGUUCCCACCACAGCCACUCCCACCACCUCAACCAGGCCGUCUUCAGCUUCCCCCUACGUCACCCGUCGCCUGCCAGGCACUACCCGCAGGCCCUUCAACGGCAAACAUAAAUUAGCACUGGUUACCUCGAUUCUCACCCCAACUGCCCUGCCUCCAGCCACUACUGUCGCCCACUUCACAACCAAGCCUUACCACAAGGCACUACAGAAGCCCUGCGACUCCCACCCCUGCCUCCACGGCGGCACCUGCGAGGAAGACGGCACUGACUUCAGCUGCAAGUGCCCUGCCGGCCGAGGAGGGUCUGUGUGCGAGAAGGUGAUAAAAUACUACAUCCCAUCAUUUGGAGGCCAGUCCUACUUGGCCUUCCAGACCAUGAGCGCGUACCACACUGUCCGCAUUGCUAUGGAGUUCAGAGCCUCCGAGAUGAACGGCAUCCUGCUCUACAACGGCCAGGAUCGCAAGAAGGACUUCAUCUCUCUGGCUCUGGUCAACGGGAGGGUGGAGCUCAGGUUCAACACAGGUUCAGGCACAGGCACAGCCCUCAGCAAAGUCCAAGUCAGUCAAGGCCGCUGGCAUCAGCUGGUGGUGACUCGCAACCGCCGGAACGCCAUGCUCAGCGUGGACGGCGAAACACACAUCGAGGGCGAGAGCCCACGGGGCACAGAUGGACUCAACCUCGAUACCAACCUGUUCAUCGGAGGAGUGCCUGAGGACAUCAAGCAAGAUGUAAGGGAGAGGACAGGUGUGGCAGUCGGUCUGGUGGGCUGCAUCCGCAUGUUAGAUGUCAACAACCGGAUACUCAACCUGCAGGAGAAUGGGGGCGACAGUCUGUACGGCAGCGGAGUGGGCGAAUGCGGCAACAACCCCUGCCAGCCAAAUCCCUGCAAGAAUGGCGGUGCAUGCCAGGUCAAGGAGGCUGAGAUGUUCCACUGCAAGUGCACCAAAGGAUUCUGGGGUCCAACGUGUGCAGACAUCCAUGACCCAUGCAACCCCAGCAGGUGCCAUCCAUCUUCCCAGUGCCAGGCAUUGCCCGAGGGAGGCUACAAAUGCGAGUGUCCCAUGGGACGUGAAGGAAGACACUGCGAGAACGUGGUUGAGAGGAGAGGGGCUUACAUGCCACUGUUCAACGGAGACUCUUACCUGGAGCUGAAGGGGCUACAUCUUUAUGGGCACGAUCUGCGUCAAAAGGUUAGCAUGACAGUGGUUUUCAUGGCCAAUGGCUCCAACGGUCUGAUCUUUUACAACGGCCAAAAAUCGGACGGAGGAGGAGACUUCAUCUCGCUGUCCCUGAAUAAUGGGAUCCUGGAGUUUCGCUACGACCUGGGAAAGGGACCCGCCACCAUCAGGAGUAAGGAAGCGAUCCAGCUGAACGUGUGGAACAUCGUCAACCUGGAGCGCUCCAACCGCAAAGGAGAGAUCAUGGUGAACAAGAAGGGUGCCGUGCGAGGAGAGGCACCAAACCGGCACGUAGAUCUUAACCUGAAAGAGUCUCUUUUUGUUGGUGGAGCUCCCGAUUACAGCCGACUAGCAAGAGCCGCUGCACUAACGGAGGGCUUCAAGGGAACCGUCCAAAAGAUCAUUCUGAUGGGUACGCCCAUCCUCAGGGAGGAGAAUGCCUUGCGCUCCAGUAGCAUAGCCAUGUUCCAGGGUCACCCCUGCUCCCAGGAGCCCUGUCACAACGGCGGCCGCUGCAACCCUCAGCUGGACACCUACGAGUGCAUUUGCCUCAGCGGUUUCUCAGGAGCGCACUGCCAGAACACCAUCUACGAGAAGUCCGCUGGCGAGACCGAGGCCAUCGCCUUUGACGGACGGACGUUCAUCGAGUACCACAACGCUGUUACCAGGAGCGAGAAGGCUCUGCUGGUGAACAAAUUUGAACUGAGCAUCCGGACUGAGGCGACCCAGGGUCUGGUGCUGUGGAGCGGGAAGGGCGUGGAGCGCUCAGACUACAUUGCCCUAGCAAUUGUAGACGGGCAUGUCCAAAUGACAUACGACCUGGGGUCCAAGCCCGUUGUGCUGCGCUCUUCUGUGCGUGUUGACACCAACCGCUGGAUACGCAUCAAGGCCAGCAGAGCACUUCGAGACGGCUCUCUACAGGUUGGCAACGAGGCGCCAGUAACGGGGUCAUCACCUUUGGCAGCAACACAGCUGGACACAGAUGGAGCACUCUGGUUGGGUGGUCUGGAGGAGCUGGCGGUGGCCCGUCGGUUGCCCAAGGCCUACAGCACCGGCUACGUUGGCUGCAUCAAGGAUGUGCUGGUGGAUGGGGUGGAUCUCCACCUGGUGGAGGACGCCUUAAACAGCCCUAGAAUAUUACACUGUUCCGCCGCCAAAUAACCCAGCAGAGACAAAAUAUUGCAAGCAAUGAAAAAGAAAAAGAAACCCUCCCACCCGCACCCUCUAUAGCGCCCAUGUCUCCUGCUGUAAUUAUUUUCUAUUUUUGUAUACUUCUCAUUGCUUUUUAUAUGGAAAGAAAAUGAAUAUGUUGUUUUAUUUUUUUGUUUUAUAUAUUUUGCUCUUUUUUUUUUUUUUUAAUCCACACCUCCGUUCACAGUAAGAAUUCCUUUUCUUUCAGGCCCUUCAAUUUUUUUCAAAAGGAAGGCAUCUCUGUGGGGAAAAAAAGAGAGAGAUAUUCAGUUCAUGUCACUUUUGAUGUUUUAAAACAAACUUUAAAAAAAAAAAAACAGCCCUAUAUUUUUUUUUGUUUUCUUUUUUAUUCAUUCAUUACUUGAACACAGUGGACCCUGCUGAUGAUGAUCUCUGGUUUGCCUUGUCUUGGUGCCAUAUCUACCAUUCACAUUCCCCAAGCAUGGCCUAUACAUCUUUGAUCCACAUUACAUUCCCUCAUGAGAGAUGGAUGCUGUAGCCGGUGCGCGCGUUUCUUUGAUGCUGCAGCCAGCUGCCGACUACAGUCGAGAAACUCUGUAUUCAGCCCUGGUAUUUAGUCCACUGUAUUUUCCUAAUGGGACUUUUCAGAAAUCAGUCAAGCUGCUACAGUGAGAAAGUAUGCAGUCAUAAGCACUCGAUCAACCCCAUCUCACAGCGCUCCGAAAAAGAAAAAAAAAAAAAGAAAAAAUUUCCACUCGAUCUGAAUCCCAUCCGAGCCUUUAGUUUUGAAAUAUGACUCACUAACACUGCAACCCGACGUGACGGAGAGCGAGCGCUGCGUUCCACAAUGACUUGCAUAUCAUUAGUCAUAAGUCAAGACAUGAAUCAUAGACAUGGAUAAAUGUUAUAAAUAUAGAGUAUAUAAAUAAUACCUGAGACUGUGAAUAUGUAAGAUGGGUUCUCUUUGGAGAAUUGUGCUUCUCAUGUACUAUUGUGCGUUCUGUUCUACAAUCAGCAGAUGAACUAAUGAUGACCACUAUAAAUGCAUGCACUUCUGCAGUGUUGGUUUGAAUCUGGUUUUUGUUUGUUUGGGUCCACGAAAGAAUCUAUUUUGAAUAAUGGGGGGGGGGGGGGUUGACUAAUCAAGGUUUCUUUUUUCUUCUCUUCUUUCCACUGAUGUGAUUUCAGAAAGGCUUCACCGUUAUCUUUAAAGUUUGCUCAUUCCUUGUAUUUUUUUUUUUUUUUAACUUUGUAUUAUUCUCGGGAGCAGUUAGUUUUGCAGGACCUUUAAUGGCGUAUAAGGGAAGAGUUAUUACCACAUCUGACCUUAAGGAGGUGCUGAAAGCAAAGACUGAAGGAAGGAGGCAAGGGGAGAUCUUAUCUCGAGGAGAGCCACUUCUCUUGGGAGCAUCCUGUCAAACAGCAGUCAGUCAUCAAGACACAAAGAAAAACCUUCAAAAAAAAUAAAUCAUUUUUUUUCCUAUUUCACCAUUCCUGGAGGAAUCUAUUUUUUUUUUUUUCGGCUGUUGAGUGUGAGAAAGAAAGAGAGAGAGAGAGAGACUGAAUGUCCAUGUGACCUUUUGAAGCCAUAACAGCCGCAAAAACUGGGAAAAGAUACAUAAUCCUACAGUACUUGCAAUUUAACAUAGUAACGCAUGGGUUUGUUUAACUAGUGCGAAUUCUGUACACUUCAGUGAACUGUUGCAAUGUGGAGUCGUCUUUGCUGAAUCACAAUAAGCUGCGAUGACUGACUUAAAGACACUUGUUUUGAUAUGAGAACCUUGGCAAUAUUCUGAGACAAAGUCAUGCCUGUUCGUGGUUGAGUAUCAAAUGGUCUUGUACUAUUUUCUUUUUUCCUUAUGUUCUUAAUUAUCUUUCCCUCCUUAAAUCAUCAAGCAACCUGUUUUUGUACAGCCCUGCAAUUUUUAAGUGUAAAUUUAGCAAAAUGUGUGAUCUGUGGAGGUUUAUGUUUUUAGUAAUAUACACUGGAGCCAUGUCUGACUUGUCUGUUCACCCACACGAUGCUAUACAUCUGUAAAUGGGGGAGGAAUAACCCUUAGAGCUAUUGUGUGCGUAGAGGUCUCGGGCGUCCGCACCAGGGCAGGAAACCCUCUUCUGGUGUCCCGAGAUGCUUUUAAAUUCCAGCGCUCACUCUCUUAAGCUUAAACUGGUUUUAUUUUUACCACACUCUUCUCUGAAUUUGACCACUUCAGGUGGGAACACUUGGACUCAAGAUCCAAAAAAAAAAAGAAGACAACUGCAGUCCAUGUAUGGUUUGGGUGGAAACUAUGAAUUGCCUUAAAAACCAGUCAUCUUGACUGCGAGCAGGUGACAAAGACGUCAUCCAUGUAACUGUUUCGUUACUUUAGCCAGUGUAUUAGCCUCAUUCAGAUAAUGUAAAUGAGUAAUACAAAAUAAUAAUAAUAAUAAUAACUAUAUUAGUAAUAAUGCUCAUACAAAAAAAAAAAUAUCCCAGAGGGCUUACGCAAAUGUCCCAUCUGGCUUUUUACAAAAAAAAUCUUCUAUUUACUGUUUUUGAAUCUAUUUUCUGUUCCUUAUUUAUGUCUACAUGUGGAUUACCCUCCAUGUCCGGCCUCUGUAAACUACUGUCUGACUGCGCAAACCUCGUCAAAGGGCAGUGCACCGAUAAGAGUGGCAUGACCUGAACAUUACUAACUUUAUGACCUUUGUCUUGUGUUCCUACCACCAUGAAAUAAAAUGUCAACCA